AUGGCAAUGGCUUCUCUGGGACGGCUUUUCUUCAUUUCAUGCAUUCUCACAAACCUUGUUCCUUCCACUGUUGCCCACCAGCUCAUAACCCCAUUCUGCCUUCCAGAGAGAGGCAACUACACAAACGGCAGUAGCUACCAGGCAAACCUCAGUUCCCUACUCACCUCCUUCUCUAAUACCACGGUUGACUACGGGUUUUACCACUCUUCUGCUGGCGAAGUCAAAGGAAUUGGAUUCUGUAGAGGCGACAUCGGACCGGAUAAGUGCCGUAGUUGUAUGAACACCUCUAGCCAUGAACUCAGACGGCUAUGUCCCAACAGCAAGGAGGCAAUUAUAUAUUACGAUAUUUGCACAUUACGUUACUCUAACCGCUCCAUAUUUGGCACUUGGGAAUUACAUCCCCAUCUUCAACAGCCCAACAGUGAAAAUUUCUGGGAGGUGAAUGGGUCCAACCAGGUGGGAAUCUUCGAAAGCAUGCAGCAGGAGAACAAGUCGACUUUGAAACUAUAUAUGCAGUUGUCCAGUGCAGUCCUGAUGUACCAGAGCAGUAAUGCAUUGACUGUCUGGAUGAGAUUUUUAAGGUUAUUCCUGUGCAUAUGA